GGGCGGGGGGUCGGCGGCUGCGGCGGAUGGACUCGCGGGUGUCGGAGCUGUUCGGCGGCUGCUGCCGGCCCGGAGGGGGCCCGGCUGUGGGCGGAACCCUCAAGGUGCGGGGGGCCGGCGGCAGUAGCGGCUGCGGGGGCCCGAAGGGGAAGAAGAAGAACGGAAGGAAUAGAGGCGGCAAAGCCAACAACCCCCCGUACCUGCCCCCAGAGGCAGAAGAUGGAAACAUCGAAUAUAAACUGAAGCUAGUGAACCCAUCCCAGUACCGCUUUGAGCACCUGGUGACACAGAUGAAGUGGCGGCUCCAGGAGGGACGUGGGGAGGCCGUCUACCAGAUCGGGGUAGAAGACAAUGGGCUGCUAGUGGGGCUGGCUGAGGAAGAGAUGCGGGCUUCCCUCAAGACCCUGCAUCGGAUGGCAGAGAAGGUUGGUGCAGAUAUCACUGUCCUCCGGGAGCGAGAAGUAGACUACGAUAGUGACACCCCCCGGAAGAUCACUGAGGUUCUAGUGCGGAAGGUCCCCGACAACCAGCAAUUCUUAGACCUCCGAGUGGCCGUCCUGGGGAACGUGGACUCCGGGAAGUCGACCCUGCUGGGAGUCCUGACCCAGGGCGAGCUGGACAAUGGGCGAGGCCGGGCCCGGCUCAACCUUUUCCGCCACCUGCAUGAGAUUCAAUCUGGCCGAACCUCCAGCAUCAGCUUCGAGAUCCUGGGUUUUAACAGCAAAGGAGAGGUGGUGAAUUACAGCGACUCACGGACGGCAGAGGAGAUCUGUGAGAGCAGCUCCAAGAUGAUCACCUUCAUUGACCUGGCUGGCCACCACAAAUACCUGCACACCACCAUCUUCGGCCUCACCUCCUACUGCCCUGAUUGCGCCCUGCUCCUGGUCAGCGCCAACACCGGCAUCGCUGGCACCACAAGGGAGCAUCUAGGGCUGGCACUGGCCCUGAAGGUGCCCUUCUUCAUCGUGGUGAGUAAGGUGGACCUGUGUGCCAAGACCACGGUGGAGAGGACAGUACGCCAGCUGGAGCGGGUCCUCAAGCAACCUGGCUGCCACAAAGUCCCCAUGCUGGUCACCUCUGAGGAUGAUGCUGUCACUGCUGCCCAGCAAUUCGCUCAGUCACCCAAUGUCACCCCCAUCUUCACACUGUCCAGUGUGUCUGGAGAAAGUCUGGACCUCCUCAAAGUCUUCUUGAAUAUCCUUCCCCCACUCACCAACAGCAAAGAGCAGGAAGAGCUCAUGCAGCAGUUGACAGAAUUCCAGGUGGAUGAAAUCUACACAGUACCAGAGGUUGGGACUGUCGUUGGAGGGACACUUUCCAGUGGGAUCUGCCGCGAGGGUGAUCAGCUGGUGGUGGGCCCCACGGACGAUGGCUGCUUCCUAGAGCUGAGGGUGUGCAGCAUCCAGCGCAACCGCUCCGCCUGCCGUGUGCUACGGGCUGGGCAGGCCGCAACGCUGGCCCUUGGGGACUUUGACCGUGCCCUCCUUCGCAAGGGCAUGGUGAUGGUGAGUCCCGAGAUGAACCCCACCAUCUGCUCAGUGUUUGAGGCAGAAAUAGUCCUACUGUUCCACGCCACCACCUUCCGACGAGGAUUCCAGGUGACAGUGCACGUGGGCAAUGUACGUCAGACAGCUGUGGUGGAAAAGAUCCAUGCCAAGGACAAGUUGCGGACUGGUGAGAAGGCAGUGGUUCGUUUCCGAUUCCUGAAACACCCCGAGUACCUGAAAGUGGGCGCCAAGCUGCUGUUCCGGGAGGGUGUUACCAAAGGCAUCGGCCAUGUCACUGAUGUGCAAGCCAUUUCAGCAGGAGAAGCCCAGGCCAACAUGGGCUUCUGAGUCCUCCAGGCAGGGAAGCUGUUGUGCUUCCUACAAUAUAUAAGGUGACUUCCAGCCAUGCUGCCCACUGACGGCAGCCGUGUGUGUUAAUAGGCUAGGGAGAGGGGUGCUCUCUGCCACCUGCUUCCUGCCACCUUUCUGGAGAGGUGUCAAGCUUGGUGUGGCAGGGAGGGGCAGUCCUGCAGAAGACAGAACUGAGAGUAGUGCCCAGCUGCUGCCUGCCCACCUGGCAAUCAGGUUGGCUCAGCCCUGGCAAUCCUGUGGCCUGCCUACCAGAAGGAGCUCAUUAUAGCCACCGUGGCCCACUAUCAGGACUGCGUGUGUUUCACCGUGAUCUCUGCACUUCAGGAAUUAUCACAGCCGGGGUGGCCCAUGAAAGCGCUCCUUUUUCUAUACCUCUUCUCAAGGCCAUGUAAGUUACCCGUUUCUCCCUGGCUGUGGACAAAAGACACUGCUCCAUUGAAAGUGGUACAGUGAAUGGCAGUGCUCCUGCCUACGCUGUGCUGAGACCCAGGAUCCAUUCUUCACCUUUGUCUUCUGUCCUUUCAUCACUCAAGGGCCAUGUCCCCAGCUCCUCCUGUCACAGGCCCCACAGGUGCUACUUGUCUUGCUGGCCCAGGUGUGGGGCUGCCAGGCUAAGGCCUGGCAUACUGAACGCCAGCUGCAUGUCACUCAGUCUUGUCCUUCCCUCUGCAAUUGUCAGCCCCCAUCAGAGUGUUUUUACCUUCCCAGACUGGUGGCUGCCCCACAGACUGGGACCUGACCCUCAUUUCCACAUCCUUCCAUCCUCACCCCACUUCAUCUUAGUAAUUUGUAGUGCCUGUCCCUUCCCUCUGUUGCAGGGAACCAGGAGGAAAGGGAAAGAUGUUGCCCUACUUCCUAGUCUUUAGGUACGGAUUCUUUCCCUUUGUUAGCAUCCUGGGUUCCCAUGGACUCAGGGAUUUGAUGAUUGAGGUUUCUCUG